UCGUUGCCGCUUUAGUUGUUAGUCGAGAAAAUUGAGCGGUACGUGUGUUCGUGAAUGUGAGUCCGUCGAGGCCAAGAUGGAGGAGUUAAUUUCGGACAGCUAGCGCGCGUGUGUCCGUAAUUAAAGGAAGUAUGCACCAGGUGGUGAGUGUUGUGAGGGAGGGUGUCCGCGACCCCUCGCUGCCCCCGGCGCUGCCCCCGCGACCGCCGCCGCGGCCGGUGGGCGCCGUGGCUGUUCUGCAUAUCGAGCCUGCCGUUACUGUUGUGACCACCUCGCCACCCACUCCGGGACAUUACGAGCCGCCCCCGGACCAUGUUCACCACAACCCUUCAGGUGGCGCGACCGUGGCGCAGGUGGUGCAGGCGCCGGCCCUGCCGGCGCCCAAUGCAGCGGCGGCGACGACGGCCACAUACCAGCCGACGACGCGGACACACCAGUGCUGGAGUUCGGCCCUCAGGAAGUACGUCAUCCUGUGCACCGCCUGUGGAGGGAUGGCCGCCCUCCUCGGCGCGCUCUUCCUGCUCGUCCACUUUGUUCUCAGGGCACACACGUCGUCACUGCACUACUUUGAAACUGUUCCCACCUACGUCCCAGCUACCAUGCUGACGCUGACGGGGCUGGCCGUGAUGGGCUUCGCUCGCAGGAAAAAUCGCUACAGCUACUUGAUCAAAGUGUGCGGCAUCUGCUGCCUGCUGAGCGCCGUCCUUUGUGUGAUCGUCACGGUGACCACCACCGUGAUCCACAUGAACCGGCUGCAAACACUCAGGGAGUGCGUCUACACGCAGAAGAACCAGGCGUGCACCUGCUACUCGGGCCUCACGCAGGACCCAUCCGUCACCUCCGAAGAAAGCAUGAGGUUCGUGUUCCACAACACCCCAGACUGCGAGGUUGUCCACGGCGCUCUGUACUCGUGUCUGCGCGCCCUCUUCGGCCUUUCCGUGAUUGGCAUUCUGGUCUGCAUUUUCUCAUGUAUGCUCGUCUACCAGUUGCUCAGUCAUGAAAAGAAAAAGAUGUAUUGGGAGCAGCUGGAGAUGCGGUGUCGUUACCUGUACGGCCGACGGCCAGUUUCUGGCCAGCACCAGUACACCUACUGCGGCUGCAGCUGCGACGACUGUCCUCGAGCAGCCGCGGUGUCCAACUCGACCAUCGCUCCGCACACCGAGGUCUUCCAGCCGUGGCCGGCAUGGCAGUGGGACGCUGCGGAGGAGAGGUACUGGACGCCGCCUCGGAUUGGCAACCUUUACACUCCCAACCCUGAGGAUCAGGUCGUGCAACAGCAACAGCAACAAAGUCAAGAGGAAAAUGCGGUCACGAACGCGCGCUGGAGCUGGUUGCCGUGGAACAGGAGCUCGAUGCACGUGCAGGAGACGCCGGAAGUGGAGCAGCAGCGCCCGCUGAGAACCGACCAGGACAGUCAGUACGGCUUCGGGGUGACCACGAGACCCACGACCACCACCGCCACCAUCAUUCAGACGCCGCGGGGACAUUUGACGUCGACCGUGGUGCGUCCGUUGACGGCGCAGGCGUUCAUGACCGACGCCAGUUCGAGCCUUCCGAGGUACAUGUGGGGUCCGCCGCCCCCGUACUCUCAUCCGCCGUCGACGGCCGGCAACUCGACGGCCACCAGUCCUUCGAGACAGGCGCCGGCGCUACCUCAGCUAGAUCAGCAGCAGCACUCUAGUUUGUGCCAGCGGCACACGCACGUCGUGCACCAGGGAUUGGCCACGCCGACCAUGUUGCACCACCAUCACCACCACUGCGAGCAGCAGACGUCAACCCCUGCCAGCCCGCAAAACCACCCAGUCAGUCCUUUGCAGUCGCCUGUCAUCACCGCAAGACAGCACAGUACCCACACAAGCAGUCCAUACUGCGCUCGUCUUCGAGCGGAGAACGUUCAGGCCAUCAAGUCGUUAGCAGACCUUCCUCCGCCCGUCACAUCAGCAGCAGGUUCUUUGCCCUCAAGGAAGCUCAAAAAGAAACCUGCCGACGCACAAAUUUCCAAAGUAGAUUCUCAGGAAUCUGAACUUUCCUCUGCCAUUUCUCCGACGGACUCGCCGAGCAGAAAGGGACUGGCGAGUAGCCUCAGGGGGCUCUUCGGGAACAUGCCCGGGAGUCCAGUGCUGGUGCACCCGACGACAAGAAGUUUGACGCAGUCCGCGCCCACAAGUGCCAUCAACAGUCCCUUGAAGGCUGCUUCGAUCCCCACCCUUCGUCGCCACUGCGUCGAAGCCGCCAUGAAAAGCUCGUCAACGGAACCAGCCGAGUCCGAACUGUACUUUGCAGACGUUUCCUCCUGCAACGGCGGGCCCGAGUCCUCCCUGUACGACGAACCGUCCACCACCCCCGAACAACCCCCGUCGCACUACUCAUCCAUCCCCUCCCCUCCCCCUCCGCGGGGGCGCCCCUUCAACGAGCGUUUGGCGCCGGACGCGCAGUACGAGCCUCGGCAGGGUGGCGCUGAAGACGACGCCCCCCUGCGCGGCGACAGCGACGCCACCAUCGACUCGGGGGUGCACAGCGGUUCGGAGGCGGCCCUGCAGAGCCGCCUCCGACCCACCGGCCUCCGAUCCGUUGAGCAACUCAUGACGACGCGCUCAGUGAAUGUGUGAUUGUCGGAGGGCACGCUUUUCAGGGUGCUGCUCGAGUUGGACCUCUGAAGGGGUGUUUUUUUUUUUACGACGAGCCUUCUAGUUUCGCGGAAGGGACGUUUUUUGAUAAAUUGUAUCCAAGGUUGUGAGACGCCAGCGAUUUUAUUUCACCGCAGUCGCCCCCCGUUGAAGUCGUGUGAAUUUUUAAUACUCCCAUGUUAACCAGCAAUGAGAUAUUACUUUACAUAGAAAUCGUUUCCCAAAUUGGGAUUGGAAAUUAUCUUUAGGAAAGUUAAAUGAGGAAUUUGAAAACUCAUUUAAAGAAAUCAUGAAUAAUAUACUAAAAAGUUUUUGAAUAGUUCUUAAAUAAGAAUGAGAUUUGCAAAUUCUCAUUUUAUUUCUUCAUUGGAACAUUUUAUUUUUAUUGUUUUUGUUACAUCAUUUUUCGAAGAAAAAAAAACUGCUUUAUUUUGUAGUUUUAGGACUUUUAAAUUCAAUUUGACAUAUGCAUUUGCUCAAAUGGGAUAAUUUUAGUUAUUUCUUUUUUUAGCCAAAACGAAAGACUAAACUAGUCUGAGCUUUUUUGUUGGGACUGGCUAAUUAGAUUCAGUUUUGAAGCUUAUACAUCAGUCAGAAUACAGUUUUUUGAUGGAUUCUUCUCUUCGAUUUUCGAAAUUUAGUUUUUCUUAUAAUGAUAACAUGUAUCUGAUUAUUUGGUACCAAAAAAUUUAUAAUUUGGAUUUUUGAAAGGUUUAUAGUAGCCUCAAAUCAACAAAAGCUCAGGCUAGAGAUUAGUCUAUUGCCCACAUUGUCUUGAUGAACUUUUGUCCACUUUCUUAUUUUUUUUUGUCUCAAAAAUUUAAAACGCGCCCUUCUAUAAGGUGCCAUGAUUAGACGAAGGUGAAUAGUUUUGUAUAGAAACGGAAUGACAGAUUCUGUGUAGAAUUCUAAAAUCGAUAAAUGUUAUUCUAAAACGUUACAUAUUUCCCCUCAUCCGCAACUUUUGUACGCAGAAGGAAGAACCUGAUCGUUAGUACAUACGUAAAUAGAUGUUGCAAAGAGUUCAUGUAUAAAUUGGAGAACAAUAAAAUUAUUGAGUCGAAUAUUGUUGUGUACAAAAAUCAUAAUAUAAUGAGAGGAGAAAAAUUAUAUGAAAAAGAGUGUAUUGGAAAAUAUAUAGUUACGGUCAAGAUUGUGUGUUAUUUAUUAAAAAGAGGAGAAUAAAAAAUAUAUUG